CGUGGGUGCCCGAAGAGCCGAUGGAUGAGGAGGAAUUGUUUGAUGAGGAGCCACCUUACACGUGUGACCCCCACCACAAUUGCAUUGACAAAUUCAUUGUUUGCCAAGAGGAGCUGAUGGGCCUUUUUGCCAUCUGUCCGGCCUGUUGUGAGAGGUCGGAUAGUAGCAUCGUGCAGCAGGAAGGAACUUUUGUUAAGAUCAAGCAGGUCUGUGCAUCAUGUGGCUACCACCGUUUCUGGCAAAACCAGCCAAUGCUCCACAGGAACAUGCCAACCUGCAACCUCCUGUUAAGUGGGGCCAUUCAUUUUACUGGAUGUUUGGCCACACAGACACUAAGAAUGUUGACCCUGUUUGGCCUGCAGUGCAUCAGUGCCAGCAGUUUCUUUCGCCAUCAGCGCCGCUACACCAUCCCUGUAAUCGUUCAGGCCUGGCAGAAUGAUCAAGCCAAGAAUUUUAGUGACCUACGGGCAAUAGAUGGCGGGCUAGUUCUUGCUGGUGACUGCAGGUCAGAUUCUCCUGGGCACUGCGCAAAGUAUGGGUCAUACUCUCUGAUAGAGGACAGAGUGAACAAGGUGGUGGAUGUUCAGCUUGUUCAGAGCUCAGAGGUCCCCAACAGCUCAUGGUGUGAGCUUGAAGGCCUCAAGCGCAGUGUUGGCCUGCUGAGGGGAAACAACCUGCAUUUGGCAACGCUGAUCACGGACCGACAUCGCCAGGUUGCCAAAUGGGUGAGAGAGGAGCUGAUCCCUGAAGGGACACAGCAUUAUUUUGACGUGUGGCACAUUGCCAAAAGUCUGGGGAAGGCAUUGGAUGCAGCAUCCAAAGAGUUUGACCAACUACAGUUGUGGAGGCCAGCUAUAGUGAAUCACCUCUAUUGGACUGCAGCCUCAACCCCAGAUGGCAACCCAGCGGUCAUGGAGGCCAAAUGGAGAAGUUUAGUGAACCACAUCCAGGACAUCCAUGACCAUGACACCCCUGCCUUCUCCAGUUGUGCCCAUGGCCCUCUAGACGAAGAUCAGCGCAACAAAGAGUGGCUGGACCCAGGCUCAUUGGCAGCAGUCAAGUUGGAGAACAUAAUGAUGAGGGCUGCCUUGCUGAAAGAUGUUCGUCAGCUGUCUCCACAGCACCAGACCUUCUCCCUUGAGGCUUACCACUCCCUCAUCUUGCACUUCGCGCCCAAGCACACAGGGUUUUCAUACCUUGGGAUGUAUAGCAGGCUUCUCUUAGCGGCGCUGCAUUAUAAUCACAAUGCCAAUCGCGAGACAGCACGGAGAAGUGACGGGACAGAGAAGUACUGCGUGCGGUAUCCGCGCUUCAGAAAAGGUGCCCAUGUGGUGCGUCCCAUCAAAGAGGCAGCCUCAUACGGUUAUGCAACAUCAUUAAUGAAGGCCCUUCGGGAGAGCUACGCCAAUUCACCCGCGGUUCUUCGAGAGGUUGGCGCCAAUCUGUCCUCCGAUGCACCCGCCCCCAUCGCCAAAUCCUUCGAACAGAUUCCUAAGGAGGAGGCCAUCAGCCUCUACCUAGCCCGGCAGUCACGCUUCAAGAAAACCUAAUUUCACAUUAUUAUUUUUUUCCACGGACAAGUCCAAUGAUUUAGUUGUUAUUUGCAUGAAAUUUCUUUGUAUGUAAUUCAAAAUAAUUUGGUAAUCAUUUUACCUGUGCCUUGUCAACCUCUGUGUGCGGUGUUGUCUGGGCUCACUGUGUGUCUGCUUGAUGUGCUUUUGCAUGUAUCACUGCAUGUAUCACUGCAUGAAAUAGUGUGUGUGUGUGUGUGUGUGUGUGAGAGAAAGAGAACCAUCAACUGACCCUCGGGUAUGACUACACUAUUGCAGAAUUAAUUAGAAUUAGAAUUAAACAUUGCGGGUCUAGCCCUU